AUGCGACCUCAUGAUCAAGAAUCGGAGGAUGAAAGAGUAUCCGGCAGCGGUAGAACUCCCACCGACCAAAACAGAGAUGAACAAGAAACCAGUGUAAACUACUCAUGGUCUGGGUCGGGGAGUCAGGGACCUGGUGGCGAUAGAGCCGGAACCAGCGCACCAGUUAAUGAAGGAGAAAGAUCAGAGAGGAAUGGCCACAUUGAAGGGCCGUUAAUACCGAAAGGGUUAAACCCUAAAUCGACUUUGGCAGCAAGUGAUAUGGACUUCUACCGAAAGAAAUAUAGAAUCCAUUCAUCCAUUGAGAUAAGACCUGGAGCUGACACAGAGGGAGUCGAUUUUCAAGUUCCUGGAUGGACGCCGUUUUACCUAUUGUCCUUCAGCAUAGGAUUGAGAUUCCCCAUACCAAGGUUGCUUGCCGAUGCUUGUAGGAUUUGGCAAAUAUGCCCAAGUCAAUGGAUGCCUAACAGCCUCAGAAUUUUGUUGAGCAUUCAGUGCUUGGCUGAACUAGAAAACCUCGAAUUCGGGAUCAACGAAUUGGCGGUGGUUUAUUACGCCAAAGAAAGUGGUCCAGGAAGGUAUUGCCUGGUUCGUCGGAGAAACAGGGAGGAACUAAUUCUUGACACCGUCUCCAACGACCAUAUUGUUGACUGGAAAGAUAGAUAUAUCUUUGCUAGGGGCGCCUUGGUAUAUGGUCUUCAUAAGGAUCUGCCUUUAAACUGGGUUGAAGGAAAUACAUCAAAGAAUUUGCUAAGCAAGUGGAAAAGCGGCCCCGAAGUGCUUCAAAGAGUGGAAGAGCUUUACAACCUUGGGGCACGUAAAAGAUCCAGAAAAAACAUUCUAACAGCACGUAAAUUGGAGAAAACAUCUCUUUGGAGAUACAUAAGUGACGAAAUGUUUGAGAACGUGUUUGCUGAUAUAACUGAUGCAGACGACCUGUAUGAAGCUCUGAUGCAGGAUGCUGAAAGAAAUCAGCAGAGCCAGGAAACGGUGGGUGGAGGUUUCGAGGCAGCUAUGCGUGCUGCAGAAACGUCCAAAGCCAAGAAAGCGGGAGAGAAACGAAAAUCAACCGAGGAUAUACCUGAAAGAAGGAUGAAACAGAGAGAAGAUCCUCCUGGUAAAGGAAAAUCGAAAAGCACUGGGGGCAGCGGGAAGAAAGCAACUGAAAAGGCGACUGCUAACGUCAGCGAUGGGACGGAAAUGCCCAGAAAACUCCUUCACGACGCCAUUGUCUCGGGACCCAGAGGCAGGGGAGGUGGUCUUAUCAGUACCACUGCGAGUGCGUCGGCUGCCAUUGUUCUGGAUGAUGAUUCAGACAACAGUGAAAGGGACACGAUGCCUUUAACUAGGAGGUUACCAAGCAUUAGGACAGCCAGGGUAGAGACUGCUGAACCAGUGGAGACACGAGCUACCGAGAAUCGUGGAGAAUUUGACCCCACAACUGACAGCUACGUUGAUGCAAACGCGGUAUCAGAAGUUGCCAGGAGUGAAGCUAUGGCAAGCGGAUCUAGGACUGAGUUGGCGACAGCGGGUAACCAAGAAGUGGAGGACACUGCCCAAGGUGGGGAGAAUAUUCAGCCUAGGCUAAGGUUGAACGUCACGGGAAGUGAAAUGGAAGAAAUAUCAAUAUGGAUUCCCAAAUCUUUGACCGUCUCUUCUGCUCCCGUACUUCCGCCCGUUGGGAUUAGGAAAAUGGUCUUCCCUGAGGACGCCAAAAAAUUAGAUGCCAUGCCUCUUCCUAGUCAGUUCAACUACUCAGUGGCUCAUUGCUUUACUGCACUCCAAGGAGUACUCAGGUCUGGAGAGAAUGCCAUUGGCAGUUUGAGCAAAGAGAGGACUGAAAAGGAGAGACUAGAAGGCAUGGUAAAGGGGCUGGAAGACAACUUGGCCAAUGUCACGUCUGCACAAAAAGAUUCAGAGCAUCAACUGAUUGGGGAGAAGAACAAGAAUACUCAAAUGUCUGCUCAAAUCUCAAGAUUGGAAGAGAAAUUGAAAGAAGCAGAUGAGCAGCUCCUGCAAUCAACUGAAUCAUUGAGUGCAUUGGAAAAGAAAAUACAUGACGAUGCAUAUAAAGCCACUCAAUUCGAGUCAAGGAUCGACCAAGCAAUCAGAGAUGCUCAGUACUUCAAGGAUUGCUGGGAAGGAGUCACCAAACAACUGGAGAGUGCCGAGGCCAAAGUGAACACACUGGAAUUCCAGGUACACCACCUGGCUGACCAACUUGGUGAUGUUUCCAGAGAGAAAGACCUGUUAAACAAAGCGUUGGCAGCGCAGACAAUGAAGACAGCAGAAAAGGUUGAAAUGGCCAAGAAAAUGGAGGAAAACUACCUUAUCAAGAUAGGGGCCAUGGGAGGUGUCGGUCAAGCUGCAGAGAGGUUCAGAUUGCUAACCCAGUACAAAAAGAAUGAGUAUCCGAAAUGGGAUGUGGACUUGAUGCUCAAGAAGGCUGUGGUAGUACUUGAAAACUACCAGCCUAAUAAAAGAUGGGUUGUGAAUGAAGAAGCAAUUGGAGAACCUAACAUCGAAAAAGACCUGGCGCCUCCAGAGAGUGAUAUCCCCACUGUUGAACAACUGCCCAUUGAGGCCCGUGAAUCGCCAAUACCUGGCACUGUCACAGAAGAUGCUCCAUCUGAAGUUCCUCCGACUCCUAGGAUUGAAAAUUCAACUUCUGAGCCUGAAAAUGCAGAUGAGGAUAUCCCACGUGCGAAUCCUCCCAUUACGUCGGAGGCCAUUGAGAUUGAAGCGACAACAGAGACUAUUUGA